GCAGAAGCCGCUGCUGGGGAGGUUGGGGCUGCGGUGGUGGCGGGCGACGGGCCUCGGGACGCGGAGCGACGCGGCCUAGCGCGGCGGACGGCCGAGGGAACUCGGGCAGCCGACCCGUCCCGCCAUGGAAAUGGAGAAGGAGUUCGAGCAGAUCGACAAGGCUGGGAACUGGGCGGCUAUUUACCAGGAUAUUCGACAUGAAGCCAGUGACUUCCCAUGCAAAGUAGCGAAACUUCCUAAGAACAAAAACCGGAACAGGUACCGAGAUGUCAGUCCUUUUGACCACAGUCGGAUUAAAUUGCACCAGGAAGAUAAUGACUAUAUCAAUGCCAGCUUGAUAAGAAUGGAGGAAGCCCAGAGGAGUUACAUUCUCACCCAGGGCCCUUUACCAAACACAUGUGGACACUUCUGGGAGAUGGUGUGGGAGCAGAAGAGCAGAGGCGUGGUCAUGCUCAACCGCAUCAUGGAGAAAGGCUCGUUAAAAUGUGCCCAGUAUUGGCCACAGAAAGAAGAAAAGGAGAUGGUCUUUGAUGACACAAAUUUGAAGUUGACACUAAUCUCUGAAGAUGUCAAGUCAUAUUACACAGUACGACAAUUGGAGUUGGAAAACCUGGCUACCCAGGAGGCUCGCGAGAUCCUUCAUUUCCACUACACCACAUGGCCUGACUUUGGAGUCCCCGAGUCCCCUGCCUCUUUCCUCAAUUUCCUAUUCAAAGUCCGAGAGUCGGGCUCACUCAGCCCAGAUCACGGCCCCAUUGUGGUCCACUGCAGUGCUGGCAUCGGCAGGUCGGGGACUUUCUGCUUGGCGGACACCUGCCUCUUACUGAUGGACAAGAGGAAGGACCCGUCGUCCGUGGACAUCAGGAAGGUGCUGCUGGAGAUGCGCAGGUUCCGCAUGGGCCUCAUCCAGACGGCUGACCAGCUGCGCUUCUCCUACCUGGCUGUCAUCGAGGGCGCCAAGUUCAUCAUGGGCGACUCGUCAGUGCAGGAUCAGUGGAAGGAGCUCUCCCAUGAAGACCUGGAACCUCCACCUGAGCACGUGCCCCCACCUCCCCGGCCACCCAAACGCACACUGGAGCCUCACAAUGGGAAGUGCAAGGAACUCUUCUCCAACCACCAGUGGGUGAGCGAGGAGACCUGUGAGGAUGAAGACAACCUGGCCAGAGAAGAAGGCAGAGCCCCCUCAAGCGCUGUGCACAUCGUGAGCAGCAUGAGUCAUGACACUGAAGUUAGGAAACGAAUGGUGGGUGGAGGUCUUCAAAGUGCUCAGGCAUCUGUCCCCACCAAGGAAGAGCUGCCCCCAACCGAGGAGGCACAAAAGGCACACUGGCCAACUCACUGGAAGCCCUUCCUGGUCAACAUGUGCAUGGCCACAGUCCUAGCUACCGGUGCAUACCUCUGCUACCGGGUAUGUUUUCACUGACAGACUGGGAGGCGUGAACAUGGGGCACUGCCACUGCCCAGCUUAGGAUUCAGUCUGCGGCGUCUGACCUGGUGUAGAAGGAACAACAGCUCGCAAGCCUGCGCUGGAACUGGAAGGGCCAGCCCCAAGAGGGGCGUCAGUGCACUGGGCUUUGAAGGAGCCCCUGGUCCCAAGAUCAGAGUCUAAUCUCAGGGCCUUAACCUGUUCAGGAGAAGUAGAGGAAAUGCCAAAUACUCUCCUUGCUCUCACCUCACUCCUCCCCUUUCUCUGGUUCAUUUGUUUUUGGAAAAAAAAGAAUUACAACACAUUGUUGUUUUUAACAUUUAUAAAGGCAGGUUUUUGUUAUUUCUGGAGAAAAAAAAAAAAGAUGCUAGGCACUGGUGAGGCACUGGUGAAGCACUGGUGAGGCACUGGUGAGGCUCUCUCGUGCCCUUUGGCGUGUGAUCAGGUUCAUGAUUUCCAUUGAUUUCCAGGGGAAGGAUCCCACCGGCUAGAACUGUAAGGUUCCUGCUGGCUUGGGCAGCCCCCACUGUGCACCCUGAGCUUGCAGGUGCCCUGGAGCUCCGCCCUGCUGAGAGGAGAGGGCAGCACAGGCUGCCUCUGCACAGCAGGCCCCGCUCUGCUUUGCUCAGGUGUCCUCUGCGGUUUCAUCCUCCUCCCUCUUUGUGACCGCCCUCUUAUAGAUGGCCCUGCCCUCACCACCCCACCCCUGUAAAUGAGUUUCCCUGAGGGCCUUGCCUCGGGGUCAUCAGAGGUGGCUGCCAGCCCCAGUGCUGGGGUUUCCAUUUCAUUUGGAAAGUCAUUACUACUCAGUGUAGAAGCCACUCCACUGAGGUGCAAGCAAGACUGAUAAAGGAGGAAGGAGCCUUGGUGUCGUGGAAGCCACUCCACAGGACCUGUACCAACCUCUGAAACACUCAGUCCUGUUCCAGUGAUCGUCCUUAAAGGCAUCAGAUAGAUGAUGUUUGCAGACUGCAAAGACUUUUCCUGAGUGGUGAUUUUCAGAGUCUGGACUCAGAAAACACCACCAAGCGCUUCCCAGGCUGCCUCUGAGGCGGGUGUGGCCGAGGCUGUGGGGAGGCCGUUGUGGGCACCUCCAGGGCACUUGCUUCGCACAGUUGCUUCCUGUCCAGCAGUGCAGCCUGCACUCCAUCCAGCCUCUGAGCCACAGGCCACAGUGGCCAUGGUGGCCCGCAGAGCCAGUGUGAUGGAUGCUUGUUCACUUGGAGCCACCUUCCCAGGCCAUGUGGCUCCCUUCCUGCUUUACCUUCUGCUUCCUUCCUGGAGUGGCAAGCCCAGGAUCAGAUCGUGAGGAGUGCGAGGGAGCCGCGGGCACUCCUGCAGCCUGUGGUGAGCCUGCCUCUGAGGGACCGCUCUCCUCUUAUUUAUUCCCUUUGCCCAGAGGCAGCCCCCCCCCCCCCCCCCAGUGAGCACACCCUGAAACCGACACGUAAGGUGUCCGCCCGCACCCAGGACUGUCAGGUACAGUAACAGGUCAGUGCUGGGGUCGAACGAGGCAAGAGUGCAGGACUGACAGGAGCCACUGUGUGGCCAGUGCUGGGGCCAGGGGCAGGAGCUGGAGAGUGUUAGGAGCAGCCUUCAGGGAAGCAGGACGGUGGUGAUGCAUGAAGUCCCUGUGGCUGCAGAUGAGAUGUGCAGGAUCAGGGCUGGGCUUUCUCCCUCUAGAUCCUUCUAGAUUCCAUUCCUGCCCUCUGCUUUCCCUGGGGGUUAGAGAACACACGGGCUCCUGUCCUCCUGGUGCCACGUGCUUGACACUCAACACUUAAAUGCCUGCUCACUGGCAGGGACCUUUCAUGCUCUGACCAGAAGUGGCCAUUGCUGAGUCACCACCACCACUCAGAGUGACAACAGUACUGUCCAGUGCAGAUGCCGCCCAACUUCUGGCUUCUGGUCUGCCCCGCCCCCCCUGGAUCUGACAUUCCACACUCGCACCUCAUUCCCUGGACACUAGGCAGGCAGGGCCCUUCCACCUCUGGGAACAGCCCCUCCAUUCCAAGUUCAUGCUGUUCUGGAACAGGCCAGGACUGGAAGCAAGGCAGCUCGUGAGAAGCACCCUCCUGGGAACAGGAUGGGCGACAGUCCUUAGAGUCAGCCUGCUGUCGUUGCUGGCCCAGGCCACCUUGCCCACCCAGGAGAGACUGAUGAUGGUGCUCAUGACUCUUCUGUGAGGGGACUGAACCUCCACAUUGGGUGGCUUUUUUUAAAUAAGCGAAGGCAGCUGGAACUCCAAACUGCCUCUUGCCAGCAUUUCACAUUUUGCCUUUCACCCAGAGAGGCCAGCACAGAGCCACUGGGGAGCAGUGAUGGCCUUGCCUGCAGAACCUGGGGGUUGGAGGGGGGACAGAGCCAGGGUCCAGGCUGGGAGCAGUUAGCAGUGGGCUGUGUCUGGAGGAGUGCGGUGUGUACAGUAGCCUUAGAGGUGGCUAUCCUGGAGAACAGGCGCUCUCUGCCCUAUCGCCCCUGUUGGAGGUAGCAAGCUGCUGUAUGCCUUAAGUCAAUAUUUACUCAGCAGGGCGUUCUCUCUCUCUCUCUCUCUCUCUCUCUCUCUCUCUCUCUCUCUCUCUCUCUCAAUGGCCAUAGAAUAAACCAUUUUUACAAAAAUAAAAACCAACAAAAAAAAGUGUUCUGGAAUAGUACCUUUGCAGGUGUGUGGGGUAUCUCAGGGUCUUCUGUGACCUCACAGAACUGUCAGACUGCACCGUUUCCAACUUGCUGUCUCACUAAUGGGUCUGCAUUAGUUGCAACAAUAAAUGUUUUUAAAGAA